AUGAGCGGGAUUACUCUACCGAGCUUGACGAAUGUCCUUCAGAGCGCGGGCAUGGCGGUGCACGGCCACCCGUCGGCACCCGGGAGCACCCAGCUACCCCCACUUCAUCAAUUGAACAUCUCGUCACAGCCCUCCUCGCAGCCUCCUCAGCCUUCACUGCAGUACUCUGAGCCCGCGCAAUCGACUGCUGCCAGCGACGAUAUGGACAGCGACGUGGAUCGCACCAAGCACCCGUCGGGCAUUGUCCCUACUCUGCAAAACAUCGUCUCCACGGUGAAUUUGGGGUGCAAGCUCGACCUCAAGAACAUCGCACUGCAUGCACGUAACGCCGAGUACAACCCGAAGCGUUUUGCUGCCGUCAUCAUGAGAAUUCGCGAGCCGAAGACGACCGCGCUCAUCUUUGCAUCGGGCAAGAUGGUGUGUACGGGCGCCAAGAGCGAAGAGGCAUCUCGUCUGGCUGCCAGGAAGUACGCUCGCAUCAUCCAGAAGCUCGGAUUCGCCGCCAAGUUCCUCGAUUUCAAGAUUCAGAACAUCGUCGGCUCGUGCGAUGUGCGAUUCCCCAUUCGUCUCGAGGGUCUCGCCUUUGCCCACAACCACUACUGCAGCUACGAGCCAGAGCUGUUCCCGGGUCUCAUCUACCGCAUGGUGCAGCCCAAGAUCGUGCUGCUCAUCUUCGUGUCGGGAAAGAUCGUGCUCACGGGCGCCAAGGUGCGAGAGGAGAUCUACGAGGCCUUCGAGAACAUCUACCCGGUGUUGACCGAGUACAAGAAGACCUAA